AAGUAUCAAUUGUAGAAUAACAAGCGUAGCGCAAGAAAUAUAAGAAUAGCAUCCUGGGGUAAGAAUAAUCCAAACGAAAAAUCAUCGAUCUCGUGUAUCACUACUGGGCAAAUCCCAACAUUCCUGUAAUUCGGGUCUCCCUAAUUCUGUCAAAUCACUCCACAUAGUGAACCCUUUGGAAACAGACCAUGAGAAAAGGUAGGAAUUCAAUCAUUCAAAUCCAUCCCUAAGAUUUGAAAGGAGUCCCUCUAGUGCUCAUUUCCUUCUGCUACGGAAGCACCCGGCCCCCCACACUCAUUUCCUCUUAAACUGGCAAGGCCGAAACCGCUGUGAUAGUGUCAUCCCGCAUCAGAAUACCUCUCUUCAAGACCCAAGACUACCUGGGGAAGAGAGGAAGUGGAAAUGGAGAGUCAAAAAAAAAAACCUUUCGGCGGCAGACCGGCUUCGGGGCCCACCCCGGAGGUAUCCCAAAAGCAGAGCUUGGCUCGACUCACCUUCAGGUCGCUCCCACUCCACCUCGCUCUCUCAGACACACAUGCAUACACCUACCAAACCCUCUCAGGACGCAGGAAAAACAAAGGGGAGGAAGGGUGGAAAGCUAAGUCUUUUCAUGUUUUGGUAGGCUCUUCAUUCGCCAUUUUAUGGCGCACCGUGAAUGCACCACUUCAGUUAGUUCCAGCAGUUGAAGGCAUGCACAAAAUUGCAGUAGAUAUCAAAAAGUCGAUAAUGCACACAAGGAAGAGGUUGAUGCGCUCCUGUACUGCGGGGGAGUGUUUAAAUGAGUUCUAUGGAAUCCUCGGAAAACCUUCACCAACUUUAAGGAUGCGCAUAAUAAUGAAGCAUAGCAAAGAUUCAGUUAUGUGA